UCUCAUCAUGUAAUUUGUACAUACCUACCACUAAUAUUUUUCUUUCAAAGAAAAAAGCUUUGAACUUGCGUAGAACCGUUCCCAUUUCCAUUACCCAAAACAAGCUCACAUACAAUAAACCAACACAACUGCAACACAAGCACGAGCACCUGCACCUCCCCCACUCCCCAAUUAUUCUCUUUCAUCUCCUUAAAAUUCCCACACAUCCAUCCCCCCUCUUUUUUUUUUUUUUUUCAUUUUUUUUUCUUUUUAAAUUUUGUAUUUUCUUAUUGUUAUUGGUUGUCCCCUUCUUCUUUCCUUCAUUUCUUCAUUUUGGGUGCUUAAUUUAUGAGCUUUAUCGGCUUAUUUAUGGCGUUUCACGGAUCUUCUUGAUCAAUUUUACCUUCUUUCUCUUUGUACAUAAAUUACUAUCAUCUUAUUUUUCAGGAUCUGUUCUUGGGUUUUCUACAGAAGGUGAAUUCAUAGAAGGGUUUUGAUAGUUAAAUUGUUCAGGUGUUGCUAGUGUGUACCAUCUUGUAAAGAAGUCUGUGAAAGUACACUGAAGUUUGAUCUGCAAUCUGAUCACAAUGUUCGGUGGCAGCAACAACAAUCAUGCACUUCCUAUGUUUUUGGAUGACAAUCAAUUUCAGCUUAAUACUAAUGCACCAAACCAUCAACUCCAGCUUUUUGGGAAUUUACCUGUGGGAUGUACAGUUGACCCAGUAAAUUAUUUUGGAAAUGAGCAUAAUUCAUCUGUUGUUCGGUCUAACAAACGCGUUAGAGAGGCUGAAGAUCUUUCUAGGCAACAAAAACUCCAGAUCUCGUUAAAUUAUAACAUGUGCCAGGAUGAAGUUGACCGUUCGGCUAGCAUUCCGAACCACAAUCCAGUAUCUACUGGGCUCCGGCUCUCGUAUGAUGACGAUGAACACAACUCAUCUGUCACAUCUGCUAGCGGAAGCAUGACAGCAACACCCUCCAUCCUACUCUCGCUUAAUGACAAUAUCAGGAGUGAGCUCGAACGACAGAAAGAAGAAUUUGACCAGUAUAUCAAAAUUCAGCAAGAGCAGUUAGCAAAGGGUGUAAGAGACAUGAAGCAAAGACACAUGGCAUCGUUCUUAAACACUAUCGAAGAUGGUAUAAGCAAGAAGCUUCGAGAAAAGGAGACGGAGUUAGAAAAUAUAAACCGCAAAAACAAGGAACUUAUGGAGAGAAUAAAGCAUGCAGCCACCGAAGCACAAAACUGGCAUUACCGUGCAAAAUACAAUGAGUCCAUGGUUAAUAUCCUUAAAAACAACCUUCAGAAAGCGAUUUCUCAGGGUGCGGAUCAAGGGAAGGAAGGGUUUGGAGACAGUGAGGUCGAUGACGCAACUUCUUACAUCGAUCCAACAAAUUACCUCAUAGUGGCUGGAGGUCGGGGAAAGUCUAUUAUGGGACAAAAUUCAGAGCAUUUGGCAUGCCGAGCUUGUCGAUCUCGGGAGGUGUCGAUUUUGCUGAUGCCAUGUCGGCACCUGUGUGUGUGCAAGGAAUGUGAUGGGUUCGUAAGCGUCUGCCCGGUCUGCCAUAUCCCUAAAAGUGCUAGUGUGGAAGUAUACUUGUCUUGACAUUGUGUGAUGAUAUUAUGGAGUUUUACCAUGUAUGCCUAUUGCCUAGUCUUGUUGAGAUGUAUACUAAGAUGAAAUACCAAAUGUUGGUGGAAUUAAGCCAUUGUCAUGGUCUUGUUA